AUGGAGGACGAUCAAGGCUAUCAACACGAAGCUACACCGGUGGUCUCUGAUCUGGAACUGAUUGAAGCGAAAGAUGCGCUCCGACAGAUGAUGAGCGGGUUCGGUCUUACUCUGUGCGCUAGAGGCCUGCGCAAAGACCGAGGAAUGUUCACUCAAGCUCGUCACACCGACCAGACGCAAGUGCAUGAGCAGACCGGGGUGUGGGUGCCGAUCACGAGGCUGUGGGACACCCUGGGCGACCUGUACAACCUUGACGCUCUAGACAACAUGUCCUCCUCCACCCCAUCACUUCCCAGCAGCCCAGAUCAACUAUCCCCGAUUCCACUUCGGCACCGGCGACCGAAACGAUCUGCGUCACUGUCAUCGCUGUCAUCAAGCCCGCCAUCGCCAACAGAUGGUCCUUCAGAAAGCAAAAGUGCAAAGGUCAUCAACUCGGCGCACUUUGGCCGUGCCUUCGAACUGCCUCCGCUGCGGCGCGAUUCGGGCGAUGAGGGAGAAGGACCAGACUCGGACGACCUCGAGUGGCACGACCUGCUCUAUAGUCGUGCGACCGGCGGCGAUGAGAACGAGGACGAGUGGAAAGAGAGGAUAGAGCGUCAGAUGCGCGAAAACGGUACCGAGAGCGGGAGUCCGACCCCGGAGGACAAGCCGAAGAAGGGCAAGCGGAGACGAGGUCGCGAAAGCACGGACGGUACGCCGCCAGCCGCGAAGCGCGGACGUGGUCGCCGUCGCCAGUAG